AACAUGUACUUACUGGCGUGUUCGUCCCAUGCAGAAGCUGCCAUCCCUCCAUCGUCUCCUCCUCUCUCAUAUCAUCACUUCUCGUUCUCUCUCUUCUCGGGAACUCACACACAAGCAAAGCAGCAAGCGAGCAAGAGAAACUAGAAAGAAGUGAAGCUAUCACACAUGGAUUUGAUCCACAAGCUCCUGAACCUGGUGGCUCCUCCUUUCACUUUCUUUUCCCUCUGCCUCUUCUUGCCCCCUUUCUACGCUUUCAAGUUCUUCCUCUCCACCUUGAGCUCCGUCUUCAGCGAGAGUGUCGAAGGUAAGGUCGUUCUGAUCACUGGUGCUUCCUCUGGCAUCGGAGAGUACCUGGCUUAUGAGUAUGCGAAGAGGGGUGCAUGCUCGGCUCUGGUGGCCCGGCGGGAGAUCUCGCUGCGGGAAGUGGCGGAGGGGGCCAGGAAGUUGGGCUCUCCAGACGUCGUAGUCAUUCAGGCCGAUGUCUCCCUAGUUGAUGACUGCAGGCGCCUCGUCAAUGAGACCAUGAAUCAAUUACAAAGACGUCCCUCGUUCUUGUUUCUCUCUUCUUCUCAUUUGGUUGCUUUGUAUGAACGGCCUAAUUUAGAUUUAAUGGUUUGAUGCAUGCACGUGCUCCGUCGUUUUGGCUCG